UGUUAAGUCUCUCUACAUAAGGGAGUGUGGAGACGUUUGGAACGCAGCCUGAAGACACGUACACGAGCUACGUUUUGCACACGACACUCUCCGUCACUAUGGCUGCGGAGGACGCGCAGUGAUAUAAUUGUAUAGGACUGGUUUGAUUUGUGGAAUCUUAAAUGGCCAAAAUGUAUCAUCGGGAGAAGAGCAUUCAGCUAAAGAGCAGUGCUUCAGCACUCUACAACAACCUGAGUGUGUUGCGCUUGGCACCACGUUCCCUCACCCAUUUUGCUGUUGUGCACGCCAAUGUAGUGAACCUAGUGAGUGCUUCCUGGGAUGGGCUCAACUACUCACACCGACAGCUGCAGUCCAAAGAGGGCAAUGUGGCCACCAGCUCCUCACUCAUCAUGCAGGCAGCUUGGUGUGUUCUUCCAUCUAGAGAUCUGCUUGUUGUAACUUCUCAGAAAGGGAUUCAGAUGUAUGAGUCUGAUGGAUCCAUUAUGGUGUACUGGCAUGCACUGGACACACCAGAGACACCCACAGCUAAGGCCAUUUUUGCACGGGGGAUUGCUUCUGUGAGAGACAAAUACAUCUGUGUAGGGGUCUCCUCUGGAGCAGUGCUGGUGUUUGAUGUUCCCAGUAAAGGAAGUAACAUCACAUUGUCUGAGGUCCUGGAGGAACACACUGAGGCUGUCACAGACAUGGCGUCUGAGUGUUCAGGCAGUACGGAGUACAUAGCUGAUUUGGUGAGUGCUGAUGACUCAGGCCUUCUGUGUGUGUGGAAGUCUGGGGGGGACUUCCAGCUUCUCAAUAAGAUCCCUGGAUUUGAUACGAGUUGCUCGUCAUUGAAGCUGUGGAAAGGCACGGUCAUAGCUGCCUAUGGCACGGGCCAAAUCCGCCUCUACGAGGGUGUCACUGGGAUACUGCAUGCUGAGGUUAAUGCCCAUGCUCGCUGGAUCUAUUCCCUCGAUAUUGCUCCUUUCACUGGACUGCUGCUCUCAGCUGCCGAGGACUCCUUCGUUCGUGUGUGGCAUUUAAACCCAGCCCCAGAAAACAACAGUGUGGAGAUUGAGCACCUUUACAAUGAAUGUGUGACCGACACUCAGAUUUGUGGCGCCAAGUUCUGCGAUGGUGACGGCUACGCUUUCGCCGUCACAGGCUAUGACCUAAGUGAGAUCAUCCGCUACACGCAGGCAUAAAUGACUCUCUCCAAUUCUCAUGCUUCUGUGGAACUUUUACAAAAGGCACAGCACUUGCCUGGUACAGUUUAUUUGUUCGUCUGUGAGUUGGCACAUAUUACGGGAACAUUGAGGCUGGCCAGAAAGACUGUCAGUAGUGCCUCAUGUUGUCUGUACAGUAUUGUAAGCUGAACGUCAGUUCUACACAGGCCUGUGAAUGCCAUUGCUUUGCUCUUAGUGCAGCCAUUUGGUCUAAUUUAUUCUUGUCUGAACUUGUUUGAGUGCGACCUUAUUUAAAAGAUUAGCCAAACUUCUAAUCGUAAUGUUUCAGAACACAGUUAGUUCUCUUUUGAAGAAGAGAGAAAAUAUAAGUGGCAUGUACUGUCUCGAGUGCAUUUUGCAUUCGAGUUUGCAUUCCCAUUAGGACAAAAUGAAGAAUACAGAGAAACGUAGUGUAUAACAACAGGUUUCACAGAUGUGCAGAUGUUCUUUAGUUAUCACAACUAACCAAAAUGUUCAAAUAGUGGAUUUUCAGAAAUUAAUAACAAAAAAAUGAUUGUUUGCAUUUCCCUAUUCAUUAACUUGUAUGUCCACAGUUUGCCAUUAUAGAUGCCUACAACAUUUCAACCUCUAUUUUUGUAGAUGGAUUAACUUUUUUACAUUAAAAAAACAGGGGGGAUGCAAACUUAUAUAUAUAUAUAUA